CCCCCCUCCCCCCCCCCCCCCCAAGCCGACACAAUCGCUGCGAACCGCGAAUGUCCACCUCAACGAAGCACGCCUUUUCGAAUGCGAGCUGGCUAGAGCCGGCAAAGCACUUGGCAACAUCUCAAGCACCGGCAAAGGAUGCUGGUAUCGCAUACUAUGCCGAAGUUCCCUCCACUUCGGAGCACUACAAGAUGCGCUUCGAAGCAGGUCUCACACCACCACCCACGGCCGAGAUUGCGGAGAUCGGGCUAAAGUCGAGCGUAUACUGCGUCGUUGCUAGGGAUACGAGCACAGCGAGCAAAGAAGCCAUCGGAAUGGCCCGCGUCGUAGGAGACAUUACCAUGAGCCUGUUGAUCGUCGACGUGUGCGUCUUGCCAACGCACCAACACAGAGGCAUAGGUCAUCGCAUCUUUCGACACCUGCUCGCCUGGGUCGAUGCCAACUCGCCAUGCGCUUUUCUCUCUCUCAGCGCGGAUCCUCCUGGAAUGAAGCUCUACGAGAAGAAUGGUUUCAACGUCACGCCCAACGAGACCGGCAUGCAGAGGCUGGGGCAGGAUAUAGAGAAUAGGCGCCGCUUUGCGAGGGAGCAGAGGGCAAACGCAAACGCAAACGCAAAGAGCUCUGCUGAACAGCAGUCAAGCUCGACAGCGUAGUCACCCUGCGUCGCGAACGAGCGCGGUGCGCGACAAUGGCAUGGUG